GUCCGACUCCACAUGCUGAACUCUUUAUCUCUAGAUCAGUGGUUCUCAACCCUGGCUGCAGGUUAAAAUUACCUGGAGUAUUAAACAACACCGGUGCCCGGGGUUCACCUACACCUAUUCCAUCAGCAUCUUUAGGGAAGUUCCCAGUGAUUCUAGUCUGCAGCCAGCACUGAAAACCCGCCCGCUUCACCCUGUCCAGUCUUUUCGUAUAUCCACCCAUUUAGCUCAUAUGAAUUGGGUUUGUACCUUACCUGGAGCCUAAUUCAUCUCCCCUCUGGGGUCUGUGGUAAGCCCUAGCUUUUCAAAAGAGUCUGCAAGACUCUAGAUUCUGUGUGCAAGUCUUUCCUGAUCCCUCUACACUAAGUCAGAUCCCUCUGGCUCACUUUCUCAGAGUGUUUGUGUUUCCCCUUCAUGGCAUUGACCUGAACCGUGAUUCAGUAAUUUGAUAGCUCUUUAAUAUCUCCUGCCCUCCUGCUAGAAUGUAAGCUCCCUGCAAGCAGUGAAAGUGAAAGUGUUAGUUGCUCAGUCAUGUCCGACUCUUUGUGACCCCACAGACUAACCCUCCACGCUGCUCUGUCCAUGGAAUUCUCCAGGCGAGAAUACUGGAGUGAGUUGCCAUUCACUUCUCCAGGGGAUCUUCCUGACCCAGGGAUCAAAUCUAAAAGCAGAGACUGUGUGUAUUUUGUUCCUACAACAUUCCCAGAGCCAAGCACAUGGGACAAAUGAUACUUCCUCCUUCCAUGUUAAUAAUUCCUCAUUCCAGUACCUGUUCUGAAUCACGCACAUUUUAUAACCAGGCGAGGGAGCUGAGCCCUGCCAGGUGAGUGCUCAGAAGCCAGCAGAGCCAGGACUCAUCCCAGGCCUCCAGACCCUUCAGUGUCAUCUGAGUUCAUCGCUCUUCUCACAGCCCUGCCCUCACGCUUUGUUUCCAAGAAACAGGUUUUUGAAGAAGGCAUUUUUGUUGGCUCUUCCCAUACCAGCUCCCCCCACCCCCCUCCAAGUGUCUUCACUCCCCUUUCCUGCCCUUUAGAUGUCAACAGCCUCGCCCCCACCCAGGCCUCUCUGUGUCCUCAGGGGGUGACGCUCCUCCUCCGCAUCCCCUUCCGAGGCCAAACUAGGCUGCCCGGUGACUCCCCUGAUCAAGCUAUUCCAUUGCCGUCGCUGCACGGUGGUCAAGAGCCACCCAGGGACCUGCCUCCCCAGUUCCCUGGGAGCCGGUCUGUGGCUCCUUCUGGGCAGCGUCCCCACCCAUCUAUCCCUAACGGGAGCUCUGCUCAGCCACCCAAAACUGGACCAAAAAAAAAAAAUUCCUGCGAAAGGACCCUCUCUGGACUGAAACUCUUAACAGCGGUGCGCGGAUGGGUUUUUGCAUCAGGGCCCGGAAGGAGCUUGGCGUCCCAGUCUGUCUCUGGUGCCCCCUGCUGGGAAAAGUAGGGGUGCAGGGAAACGCGGAUACAGACUCUCCUGGGUCAUCUGGCUCCGGGCUGUAGGUCUCGAUGGUGACAUCUGAGGCUUGAAAUGAAUUCACAUCAAAGCUGGAACCCGAAGGGACGAGGACGUGCGGGCUACCUAAAAAGUUCCAUUCAUGGGACCGUGACGCCCCCUUUGCAAAGGGCAGCCUCUCUGCUCUGCGCCCCGAGGGAGCCGGUGGAAGAUGCUCUAUCAGGGUCAGGCAGAGGGUUUGGGAGAAGGUUCGUCGCCCUCGCUCGCUCAUGCCUGCUGGGCCAGCACUGCCUCCGUCAGGACCCCCUCAGGGCCGGCUCUUGAUUUCCCCUGGGUCGGAAAGACCGCACACGGUGAAGGGAGCCAGCGGAAGAAGCUGCUGUAGGCUCAGCUGUGCUUCCAGCCCCGGAGUCUCAUCCCAUUUCAGUGAGGAGGCAAGUGUGAAAAAUGGAGCGUGAUGGAGAGUCGUCACAAGAUCUCCAGGGCCUCGACUGGAGCCGCCAUCUCGAUCUAGCUGCGAUGGCCGGGGGCGAUUAAGAUGCCCGUUCGUUCCUGGGUGCGUGUGUGUAUGUGUGUGUGUGUGAGAGAGAGAAUGCACAUACAAGGUUGGGAGCUGCGAGGCCCCGUGGAUUUGGGGGCCCAAACUAGCCUGCUUCCCCUUCUGGGUCUGCUGGCCUAAUUCCCAGCUGCAGCUGCCAUUCUGGGCUCCCCUCCCCGAGGCAGUCUCCCUGCAGAUUUGACAGCGGGAGGGGAGGGGCCGAGGGAAGGGGAGUGAACCGGGAGAGGACUCGGCUGUAAUCUCAUGUAGCUGAUCCCGCAGCCUUCUCCAGCUCGGCUGCCCUCUGCCAUCAUCUCUCCAGGCGAUUUUCUCUGUGCCUGCACUCUCCCCUCCUGCCUUCAUCUCCUUAAGAAAGUGUCCAGAAAGUUAAACCCACACACACGAACACACAUACAAUCCACCAAAAAAAAAAAAAAAACACCAGGGAGCAGGAACAGGCAGACGAGUAAGAGAGCACGCGCGCAGGAGAUUGGGCUCAGCCGGUCUUGGAGGAAGCACCGCGCAGGCAGAGGGAGGCUGGGGUUGGCGGGACCGGGACUCAGGUCUCUUAGCCCCCGGGAGCCUCCUUCAUGGACCCAGGGAUCCUGAAAGGGGCUGCCUCAGCUUAGGAUGGGCAACUGUGUCAAGUCUCCACUGAGAAAUCUCUCAAGGAAGAUGCGCCAGGAGGAGACCAGCUACACAGUGGUGCAGACGAGCGAGGAGGGGCUGGCAGCCAGCAACGAGCUCCCCGGACCGCUCCUGAUGCUGGCUCAGAACUGCGCGGUCAUGCACAACCUGCUGGGCCCGGCCUGCAUCUUCCUGCGUAAGGGCUUCGCGGAGAACAGGCAGCCUGACAGAUCUCUGCGGCCAGAGGAGAUUGAAGAGCUCAGGGAGGCCUUCAGAGAAUUUGACAAGGACAAGGAUGGCUACAUCAACUGCCGGGACCUGGGUAACUGUAUGCGCACCAUGGGCUACAUGCCCACCGAGAUGGAGCUCAUCGAGCUGUCUCAGCAGAUCAACAUGAACCUGGGUGGCCAUGUGGAUUUUGAUGACUUUGUGGAGCUAAUGGGACCUAAACUCCUGGCGGAGACGGCAGAUAUGAUUGGAGUAAAGGAACUGCGAGAUGCCUUCCGAGAGUUUGACACCAAUGGUGAUGGUGAGAUAAGCACCAGUGAGUUACGAGAGGCCAUGAGGAAACUCCUGGGUCAUCAGGUGGGACACCGAGACAUAGAAGAGAUUAUCCGGGACGUGGACCUCAAUGGGGAUGGACGAGUGGACUUUGAAGAGUUUGUCCGGAUGAUGUCCCGCUGAGGCCGCCAGGGCCCCUCCAGGACCGCCAAGCUCCGCGGGGCGGGAGAAGAGCCUGAGCUCGCCUCACCCCGCUGCCGCCGCCGCCGCCGCCGCCGCCGCCGCCGCCCAGAGCCCAGGAUGUACUGGCGGACGGGGCCUGCCUGCACCCCGGGGAGGUGCCCACCCCGGACCCCCACCCCUCCGCACUGUGAAAAAGACUCACGACUCCUGCAACUGGAAAGGGGGGGCGCCCGCCAACGAGGAGGCCACCAUGCCAGGCCGGCAGAGGUCAGGCCGGGCACCGAGUGCCGCGGACCCAGCCGCCGCUGGCUGGGGUGGGGGGGCCCACACAGCAUGUCUGCCCCAGGGCAGAGCCUCUCACCACCUUCCUUAGCUCUGUGCCCGUCCCAGCUCGCCUCAGCCCUGUUAUCUCAGAACCAAUAAAAACAUUUCCAAGAG